GAGCCGGACGGCGGCAUUGAGACUACGGACGUGUGUCCCCCAUCGUUCGAUAUUUGCUUAGGUGACCGUGCCGGUGACUCAAGGAGCGAGUACUUCGUGUUCCACGACAGUGGUGAUGACUCGUCGUCGAUGACCAUGGGUGCCGUGGACAGAUGUCGAGUGAUCGAUCGUGUUACGGUUGGUGGCAGUGGGACGUUUAUCGUGAAAUUCAAGUCACAGAACUCAGACAAACUUUGUCAGACAGAACUGGAGGCAGCGGAACGGGUCGAGCAGCCAAAAGGCGACGGCUGCACUUGGCCACAUGGCCGCCUCGGCAGCGAUGCGUUGUGGAACUGUCAACGGCUUUCCCACUACAUCUUUCCUCCAACUGAUUGCCUGGAUUUCUCGACACCACUGUGGAACUCGGAGACCUCGUCGGACACAGAGAAUUCUGGCGAAAGCUGCUGUCGUUUGGACGGUAAUUUUUACCAAGACUAUGACUUCGAGGUUUCCGUCGAUCACAUGCCGGUUCAGCAGUUGGAUGUUUGGCAGAAAGAGGACGAACGAGACGAUGACCAGCUGAUCCGUUUCGUUGGCAGCAUAUCUUUAAUCGCACCUUUAGAUCCCGUCUCUACCAUAAGCGUUUAA